UCCCUCUCGCUCCCAACCCUACCGCGCCGCCGCCCCCGAAGAAGCCACCAGCCUCCUCCUCCCUCACCCGCCGCUCGCCGCCCGCCGAGGUUGGUCGCCGGACGCCAUGGCUCCCACCAAGAAGUCGAAGAAGAGCACGGAGAACAUCAACAACAAGCUGCAGCUGGUGAUGAAGAGCGGCAAGUACACGCUCGGCUACAAGACCGUCCUCAAGACGCUCCGGAGCUCCAAGGGGAAGUUGAUUAUCCUCGCAAACAACUGCCCUCCGCUCAGGAAGUCUGAGAUCGAGUACUAUGCUAUGCUGUCCAAGAUCAGCGUUCAUCAUUUCCAUGGAAACAAUGUUGACCUUGGAACUGCCUGCGGCAAGUACUACCGGGUCUGCUGUUUGAGCAUUCUUGACCCUGGUGACUCGGACAUCAUCACCACCGUUCCUCAGUGAAGACAAGCUUACCUAUCCUAGCCUAAGAUGAUGUAGUGUGGAGAGUCGUGCUUACAAGGCCGAUGGCCGUCUCGUUAUCGAGCCAGAGCUGCCAAACGCAGUUUCAAACCAAACAUGGCUGUUUUUGUAAGGCAUUCCUAUGGGUUUUGUUUUGUGAUGAGAUGAUUAUUUCUAUGGUCCUUUUUACCUUGCGCAAUUGAUGAUUAGUUCUGUCAACAUUGUUUUGCCUUGCUCCUCUAGUGAAACGGAACUUGAACAGCUAGUCACUUAACUGAAGAAUUGCGUGAGAGUUGGUGAUGCUUGUGUAAUCUUUGCUCCGGAGAAAUGGAAUGGUUUGGAAUGGUUUUUGUUU